AUGAUUGAAUAUUGCGCAUGCCGUGUCUAUUUCCUCUCGCCCAGAGCAGGCCAGCCGUCUUGGGCACAUGCUGAAACUGACCGCAUAGAAGUCCACCAGCGCCAUGACGCCAUCUCGUCCGAGGUUGGGGCACUCGCUGGGCUCAGGCGCUGGACCUGUCAUCUGCACACGCAAACUUUGGGUGCUGGCGCACUGCUGCUUCGCACGGCUGAGCAUAUCGGACGGUUGUUCUGCCCCUCUGACCAGACGUUACAGUAUACGUCAUCUCGAAAGCUGUCGUCCUAUCCUGCAGCGGCAGCCGUUUCAGCAAAGGUGACCGUGGGCCAUGGCAUAACGGUCGCCUAG